AUGUCGAACCUUACAAAGCUUGAAUUUGCGGCCCUUGAUAUUACUGGAAAGAACUAUUUGUCUUGGGUGUUAGACGCUGAAAUUCACCUAGAUGCAAAAGACCUUGGUGAUACAAUCAAAGCAGGCAAUAAAGCAACAAGUCAAAACAAAGCUAAGGCUAUGAUAUUUCUUCGCCACCACCUCCAUGAAGGUCUUAAGAUUGAGUACUUGACUGUGAAAGAUCCACAAGUCCUUUGGAGUAAUCUAAAGGAAAGGUAUGACCACCAGAAAACUGUAAUACUACCCAAAGCUCGUUAUGACUGGUUACAUUUAAGACUACAAGACUUUAAGUCUGUAAGUGAAUAUAACUCAGCUAUGUUCAGAAUUACUUCACAGUUGAAAUUAUGUGGAGAGAAAAUCACUGAUGCAGAAAUGCUAGAGAAAACAUACACUACCUUUCAUGCGAAUAAUGUUGUCCUGCAGACACAAUACCGUGAAAGGAAUUUAAGAAAUAUUCUGAACUUAUAUCUUGUCUCCUUGUGGCUGAGCAAAAUAAUGAGCUACUGA